GGUGGUCCGCGCGCGCGUAGCAAAGCGAGGGAGUCUCUUCAGUUUUGGUUAAGCGUUCAUCGAAGAGGGAAUACAUCUCGUUCCGUCUCUCCCGGUCUCCACCUACGUCGUUCCCCCGUUGAGUCAGACCGGGUGUUACACGCCGAGAUUUCGGCUUCCGACUUAAGUCUUUGGCACCCACCCACGCUGUCGUCGUAUUUACGGGGAGCGCGUUGCUCAGAGGACUUCCGUUCUCCAACAAUAUGACCUGCCGUCACUUCGGGACCGAUCUCGGUCAGGAUCGUGGAGAAAACCGACGAUUCUGGAAAUUCGAGGAUUCUAAAAACGGUGCGCGAAUCUAAAUCGAGGAUAAAGGAAGAGAAUGAAAAUGCGGAAUUCGUUCGGUGUUCUAUUUUGUUUAUGUAUUACGUGAUGGUGCGUAUAAUGCAAAACGAAGAAAAAAAGAGAAAGAAAGAGAGAGAGUGAUGCUAUGGUUUAUCAGCGUCGCGACAAUUAUUCACGGCAAUUUUUUGGGGUUUUUUAUAAGAUUUCGAUUCAUCAAGAUUCAAUGUGGCGUUUAUAAGAGCGGUAAUAUCUUUCUCGCCAAAGUAAUAGCGAUGCAAUUAGCGCGUCGAUGAUAAUUGCCGCUUCGUAGCAAAGGAGAGAGUGCAAAGUGCGGUAAACGAGUGCGAAGAAUUAUUUUCUCUAACCGAAGAGGGUGGUUUCGUUUAUUCGCUGUUUAUUUGCAUUGACGCACGAUACACGGACAAAGGAUGCCGAGAAAAAGAGGUCUUUCCUCUCCCGAAAUUCGAACAGAUUUAUCAGUAAGUGCAUCCAAUCAACAUCAGCUAGAUAUAGUGCAAUUGCCCCCAAACGGGAGAACCGAAAUCAAAGCAUGCAAGAACCACCCGCAGAUUUGCGGAAAGGAAGCGGCCUGCCGCAGCUUCCCGGACAACACGUCGAAAUGCGUGUGUCCUCACGAUUCGUCUCCGCCAACGUCAGAUUUAAGAUGCCCGAAUCGUCUAAUCGUUCCUCUAACUCCUCGUCCUAUACCUAACAUCAUUCCUCCAAGCGCCAACAACAUCACAAAUAAUACGAGCGCGCUUCCGGAAGCUGAGCAGGUGGAAGGAUUUUUGAAAUACAAGGUACCUGAAAUCGUAGGAGUAACUGUAGCUUUCGUCGCGGUAAUUGUAUUCUUACUGAGCGUCAUAUAUUGCGUAAAAAGACGGAGUUACAGCAUCAAGUCGCAAAGAAGUCCUCUAGAUGGAACGCCGAUAAAUCUGAAGAAAGGAUUAUUAUUAGCGCAUAAGUACACGUCUAAUCCUCAAUAUUUCACCUGUACUUCUCCGGAGGUUCCGAUAAUACAACGUGAACACCUUGUAUUUUUUCAUGACAUCGGCGAAGGUUGCUUCGGAAAGGUUUAUAAAGGUGAGUGGCACAAUGGCGACACGAAGGAAAUUGUCGCUAUAAAAGUCCUAAAGGACACCGCCACGCCCGAAACCGAGCAGGACUUUAUGCGCGAAGUGGAUAUCAUGUCCACGUUCGGCCAUUCUAACAUUUUGUCCUUGAAGGGCAUGGUACUUCGAGACGCGAGCAACAACCCAUGGAUGGUUUUCGAGUACAUGCCGUACGGUGACCUCGCUGAGGUAUUACGAGCGAACUCCCCUCAAUUCAGAUCGUCAAAACCUGGACUACAGCCUUUAACAAAGGACUCAUUACACUGGAUCUCGAUUCAAAUUGCAGCCGGCAUGACGUAUCUGUCGGCGCAAAGAUUUGUGCAUCGUGACCUCGCGUGUCGAAACUGUCUGGUAGGCUCAGGUUUAUCAGUGAAAAUAGCUGAUUUCGGCAUGUCGCGAGAUAUUUACACCUGCGACUAUUACAAGAUUGGAGGAUCACGUCUGUUGCCAGUACGGUGGAUGUCACCGGAAAGUGUAGUGUAUGGACGUUUCACUUUAGAGACCGAUGUGUGGAGCUUCGGAGUUGUUCUCUGGGAAGUCUACUCAUUUGGAAAGCAACCAUACUACGGAUUUAGUAACGAAGAGGUCGUGAAACUCAUACUUCAAGGAACGAUGCUCAUCCCGCCGGACGAAUGUCCGCCCAUCGUCUGUCAAAUAAUGUACGAUUGCUGGAAGACCGAGCCGCGGGAACGAAUCAAGUUUCCCGACAUUUUGGAGAGGCUGGAAAAGGCGCAAAAUGAAAUAACCCGACAAGGAACACUGCCGAGACCGCCGCAAGGCCCGGUACUGCUACGUACCCCGGACGUUUUGGAUCCGGACGGCUACUUGCUUCCGGCUCCUGCGAUCCCUCGCGAGUAUCUGCAGGCCCUACCAGCUCUAUCUGACUGAUACAUUUCGUGACAGUGACAGAAUCUCUGAACUUCAAUUCUCGAAAAGUUGCUUUGAACGAGUAAAGUGGUAUGCGCCCGAUGUGCAUGAAAGAUGAAUAGAAAAAAUGUGAAUCAAACUUGUGUAGUGUAAGGAGAAUUAAGAUUAAUAUAAGAAUAUACUGAUUGUGAAGUGCACAGCUACUAUACCAUUGAAAACAACAAGUUAAAAAUAAAAAGCGUAUAAUCCUCAUCAUUUUAUCAUCUGACUGUCUGAUAGAAUAAUAACAUAAUUAAAUAGCACAAUUUGCUAAGCAUCUACAUAUAUAUAAAUAAUAUAUAGAUAUAAAUAAUGGACAAAAUUUUUAUGGCAGAUGCUUUGACAAGUUUGGAAUCGAUUUUUGCAGCUUCACAAAUUUUAUAUUGUAUAUUUUUGUAAUUAAAUAUAAUUAAAAUUGUCUAUUAAAUUUUUUAGUCAAUUUUUUUAUUUGAUUUUUCCAACAUUUUUAUUAAGAUUAAUAGCAAAUCAGUUAAAACAUUUUUCAUAGCAAUUUUAUUUGAGACACCAUGCACAAAUCAAAUUUUUCCAAUAAAAAAUUUAGGUCAAUAUUUAUUUAACAUUUACGAUCCUGCAUUACAGUAUAAAAAAAUAAAAAAUAUUUAUUACUGUUAUAAAAUACUUUUAAAACCAUUCAACUUUCAUUUAGAACAAUUUUUUUAUCUCUUGUUUUUUUUAUCUCUUCGAUAAUAUUCACUUCCAAAGAAAAAAAAUCGAUUUUUUUAAAGGAAUGAUUCAUCUCUUUAACAUGCGACUCAAAACUUAGAAAAAAUUGCGUGUUUCUUAUUUUUUGUCUAUAUUCAAAAAUGAUUAAAAUCGGAAGGGAAGACUUAGUUUUGUUUCCUUAAGGUGUAAAAUUGAUUUUGCAUUUUUAUCGGUUAAUCAACUACUUGUGAAUAAAAUAAAAGCUCUCUUUCUCUAA